GGGCUCGCAACGGGUUGCCCACCCCAGAGCUGCUCUCCCAGGGCUGUUUUUCCUAGGGAUGCUUUUCCAGCCAUUCCCAAGCGAAGCCGUGGCCUGACGCAAGCGGGCUGUCUCCACCCCGGCCCGGGUAACUCCACCCUCCUCCUCCUCCUCCUCCUCGCAGCCCCUCCUCGCGGUGCACAGCCCAGCUGGGAUAUAAGCAAGUCACUGGGAGGACCGGGGGCAGCCGAGACAGCCGGGUGGGUCGCGUGGGACCCGUGCCGUGUCCCGUGCCGUGUCCUGUGCCGUGUCCUUCGCCUCAACGCCGGGCACCAUGGCGACGCCUGGGCAGAAGAGGAGCACCCGCAGCGGGGCUUCGGGGACCCCCUUGUCGCCCACCCGCAUCACCCGCCUGCAGGAGAAGGAGGACCUGCAGGAGCUCAACGACCGCCUGGCCGUCUACAUCGACAAGGUGCGCUCGCUGGAGCUGGAGAACGCCGGCUUGCGGCUCCGCAUCACCGAGUCGGAGGAGGUGGUGAGCCGCGAGGUGUCGGGCAUCAAAGCCGCCUACGAGUCGGAGCUGGCGGACGCCCGCAAGACCUUGGAUUCGGUGGCGAAGGAGAGAGCGAGGCUGCAGCUGGAGCUCAGCAAAGUCCAGGAGGAGCACAAGGAGCUGAAAGCCCGGAAUGCCAAGAAGGAAGGGGACCUGCUGUCCGCCCAGGCGCGCCUCAAGGACCUGGAGGCUCUGCUCAACUCCAAGGAGGCCGCGCUCUCCACCGCCCUGAGCGAGAAGAGGAACCUGGAGUCCGAAGUGCGGGACCUGAGGGCACAGGUGGCCAAGCUGGAAAGCGCCUGUAACGAGGCCAAGAAGCAGCUGCAGGAUGAGAUGCUGCGCCGUGUGGAUGCCGAGAACCGGCUGCAGACGCUGAAGGAAGAGCUCGAGUUCCAGAAGAACAUCUACAGCGAGGAGCUGCGGGAGACCAAACGCCGCCACGAGACCCGGCUGGUGGAGAUCGACAACGGGCGGCAGCAGGAGUUUGAGAGCAAGCUGUCCGAGGCCCUGCAGGACCUGCGGAGACAGCACGAGAACCAGAUCAAGCAGUACAAGGAUGAACUGGAGAAGACCUACAGCGCGAAGCUGGAGAACGCCAAGCAAUCUGCCGAGAGGAACAGCAACAUCGCAGGUGCUGCCCACGAGGAGCUGCAGCAAGUCCGCAUCCGCAUUGACAGCCUCUCCUCCGAAGUCAGCCACCUGCAGAAGCAGCUGGCUGCCAAGGAGGCAAAGCUGCACGAUCUGGAGGAUACUCUGUCCCGGGAGCGCGAGACCAACCGGCGCCUGCUCGCCGACAAGGACCGGGAGAUGGCCGAGAUGCGGGCACGCAUGCAGCAGCAGCUGGACGAGUACCAGGAGCUGCUGGACAUCAAGCUGGCUCUGGACAUGGAGAUCAACGCCUACCGCAAGCUGCUGGAGGGCGAGGAGGAGAGGUUGAGGCUGUCCCCCAGCCCGUCCUCCCACAAAGGACAUGGGAUCCACUUCUCCGGCUCGAGUUCAUCCAAGAAGAGGAAGCUGGAGGACAGCGAGAGCCGGACCAGCUUCUCCCACCAUGCCCGGACAAGCGGCCGUGUUGGUGUGGAGGAGGUGGACCUGGAGGGCCGAUUCGUCCGUCUGAAGAACAAGUCCAACGAGGACCAGGCGAUAGGGAACUGGCAGAUCAAGAGGCAGAAUGGAGACGACCCCAUCAUCACCUAUCGCUUCCCCCCGAGGUUCACCUUGAAGGCUGGCCAGACGGUCACGAUCUGGGCCUCGGGGGCUGGGGCGACCCACAGCCCCCCCACCGACGUGGUGUGGAAAAACCAGAGCAGCUGGGGCUGCGGGGACAGCCUGCGCACUGCCCUCAUCAACUCCAACGGGGAGGAGGUGGCCAUGCGGAAGCUGGUCCGCACCGUGAUCAUCAACAACGAAGACGACGACGAGGACGAUGAAACCAGCCACCGCCACCACCACGGCAGCUGCGGUGACUCUGGGGACCCCGGCGAGUACAACCUGCGCUCGCGCACGGUGGUGUGCAGCAGCUGCGGUCAGCCGGCCGACAAGUCGGGCUCGCAGAACGCUGGCCUCAGCACCAUGUCCUCGGGCUCCUCCUCCAGCGUGACCGUCACCCGCAGCUACCGCAGCGUCGGCGGCUCUGGAGGUGGCAGCGGCCUUGGGGACAACCUGGUGACCAGGUCCUACAUCCUGGGCAGCUCCAGCCCCCGCCGGCAGGCUCAGGCCCCGCAAAACUGCAGCAUCAUGUAACUCUGUGGCACCAUUCCUGUGUUUCCUGGCCAUCUCGAGCUAGUUUAUUCCCAAAGCAAAAGAUUUUUUUUCCUUUUUUUAAAAAAAAAAAGGAAGAUAUCGAAACCAAGGUUGAAAGUUUUGUUUUCUAUAGCAGGAAUUUUAUAUAUAUAUAUAU